AUGUCUACCAACUACGACACGUCGAAUCUUUUCUCGGUGACUCGAGAAGGAUCGCUGAAAGAGUUGUCGAGAGAGAUCAAAAUUCCCGAAUCCCCAAUGAUGGACGGGAAAUUCCGGCCGAGGGUUCACGUGUUUGGCCCAUUCGAGCAAAUGGUCCGUUUGAGUGGAUGCGAUUUACAGGAGUCCAUUUUUAGCUGGGCCGAAAGCCGAAAGCGCGGCGCCACCGGCAGGGCCGUCAUCUCAACGCUUCUCUUCGUCCUUGUGCUCGUCGUUUUCUUCGCCAAAUUCUUCUAUAUUAUGAGCAAUGAUGCUAAAGCAUUCACCGUGAUCUGGGCUGAAUCGAACAUGGAAACGGGGGUUUUCCUGUUCGCAAUCGCUGCCGCUAUCUGUUUAGGCAUUUGGACACACGCACAGUACUUUAGAGUGUUCCACGAGAAACUCGAUGCAUUAGAGGAGGGCCCAGUCCGUUCGGAAGAGAGUUUCUCCAGGACUCACAUCAAAGCGUUCAUCUUCUCGAUCAUUUGUUUGACGGGCAUUUUAGCGCAUUCGGGCCGGGAUUUCAUCUGGGUUCGAGAAGUGAAUGGAACGGUUGGUGAACUCCAGUUGAACUUCGGGAAUUUCUGGGGUGCCGAGCCGCUGGUGAGAGGGCUUGUCGGUGAGUUGAUCGGU